AUGGCGCACUCGAAACGAAAGCGCAAUCCCUCACGAAUGACGCCUCGAAAACGACCCAAAUACGUCAAUUCCAGCGACAGCGAACCACAAAGCCCGAUAUUUUGGGAGGCAGAUUGUAUCCUGGCUGAGCGAGUAGUGGGCGGCGUACGAAAGUACCAUAUCAAAUGGAAAGGGAUUGACCCAGCUACCGGAAAACCGUGGCCGACAAGUUGGGAGCCAGAGGGCAACGCGAACGGGCUGCUGCUUGCAGACUGGAACCAGAAGAAGGCAUUACGUGCAGACGCCAGCACUGUCGAACAAAGCAGAACAAGGGGACCAUCUGAGCAGCAGCAAGAAGCGGAACCAUCACGGCGCAUUCGCAACUCGCACGUUAUAGACAGCAGCCCGGAGUGCGACCGCUUUGCCUCAUCUACAGCGCCCUCAACACCUGUUCAUAGUAGAGGUAGCAGCGCAAGUGUCACAGCUCCUUCGACCCAUAUCUCGCCGCAUAUAAGAAUCGUACCACGCGGCGAGAGCCUAGAGAGAGACGAUUACGAGCUCUUCUCGCAGCUUGCGUCGACACAGGAUAAGAGUCAGGAUACAGAUCUCGACAGCUCGCAGCUGUUUGCGGCGCGGCCGCUAUUGCGAACACGACCACGACCACGACCACGACCACGACCACACUCCUCAGGCAUUGUCCCAGACUCGCAGAGCUCCACCAGUGAAGCGAGCUUUGUCCCCAUCACGCAGCGCUCAGAAUUCACCACUCAGCAGAGCACCAACACCAACGAAUCCUAUCUGGAAGAGGUGACAGAAGACUCGGUUAAUACACCCCAUUCACACUUGCACAUGUAUUUUACUAACGGGCGCUCGCAGGGUCUGCUCGACAUUCUUCAAGAAGCCGCCUCGCGCGCCGCCUCGCCUGCUGUAUCGAUACCGGAAACCAUCCCAGACACGGCUGCUGAAAAUUCGCAAACCCAACGCCAGGAACUAGACAAGCCAGGCACACUUCAAUUCGUGCAGCCUUCUGUAGAGGUGACACAUGUGUCGGGCCAGCAUCGUGACGACGUAGACGAACAGGAAGUUGCGCAAGUAGCCGAUAGCCAGCGCCAAGACAACGAGCUUCCGGUACAUCAAGACACCACGCUCGAGCCUUGGACAAUUGCAUCGCAACCGCAGUGCGACCAACAACAAGAAUCAUAUAUUUCGCACGAGCAGAGCUUUGGCCAAGUUGAAGCAAGCGCCUCGACAGGAUUUGUCCAUAGCGCAGACAUAACAAUCUCGACGGAUCCCGCAACUACUGUGCUCGGUGAUAAAAACGCCGAACGACUCCAAGGAAGCGACGCCAUCAGCAAUACAGUGCAAAUCCGUCUUGGUCGGGUAGACGACGCGUCGCAGCCUCUAGUAUCCCACCAAGCCAUCGUGCGUGGGGACAGCCAGGGACGCCUAACCGAAUCUUCGGUAUCCGACCGUUCCCAACAUCUGCUCCGCGAAGAACAGAACGCACAAUUUAUUCCUCUUGAGCUUCUUGAAGCAGAAUUAAGCUCCCAGGAGGACACUACCCAAAGCAUACGCCCGACAAUCGAAAAGGACUACUGCACACACAGAGCAAGUUCAGAGUCCCGGCACGACUCGUCGCAAGAGAGCCCUGAUCAGCCCUGUCGAUCAUUGGACCAAAGUGCUUCCCCAAUCCCUUAUUCACCAAGUUAUUCUCUGAGAACGCAACACUCGCCCCCUCCACGUCCAUUUACCCCUGUCCGCACAUCGUCUCUGUCUAUCAUGGCGGGCGAAAGCACUGCAGAGAUUGUCAAGCGGCAGUUGGAUGAAGCAUUGGCCAAGGCGUUGGCAGAAAAUCCAUUUACACCAAGGAAACGCUUCAACAAGGCGUCAUUUAUGGCUUCUAUCAAAGCACCAGAGAGUCUGGCUACUACCACGACCAAUUCCCCGACACCCUCAAGCAAGCAAAUCAAGGCGAAUGAGGGCACAAGAUCACCCUCAGCUGUGCCAGACCACUCACCUAUCACCCACGUCCCCACAUCGCUGAGAAAUGUCGCUUAUGCACCUCCUGCCGAGGAAACUACGAUUGCGGUAUCGGUUGCUCCGCCAGAGCCCGUAGAGGUCGAAGCCGCAGUCUCAGCUGAGCCUACAGUGCCACCAGUACCUAUAUCAAUAGUGUCUGAGGACAUGGAAGUCAGCGAUGCUGAUGACGAAGACAAUGAAAGCUUAUUAAAUGAUGAGGUAGAUCUCGCAGAGCAAGAGUACAUCGUUCCUUUGUACAUUCAGGGCCGACAGCGAAACAUGUAUACACAGUCUAUUGCAGACAAGAAAGAUGUGCUUGAUCAAUUUCUCAAAAAUCACCGCCAUUUCAACCCUGUUACGCAGAUUGAAGACUUUCUGUCUUAUCUCCGGGCAAUAGAAACGCACAUCGAUCUUACAUUCGCCGAAGCUGGAACGAGCUUUCAAGACGAGGCUUCGGCCACGCAGGUCGAACACGUCCAUGACUGGACACUGGAAAACGCCACCAAAUUUUUAUUUCUACACACGCUCUUCCACAGGUUGCGGGAUGACGAGCCACCAAAACAUCUAGUGCUGGUCACUGAGAAGGAUGACGAUGAGCUCUUCAAGAUUCUCAAGACCUUCUUCGAAGCCGAGUACAUCAACUUCAACAUGCCUACGAGAAACCACCGCGCAGAUCGAGCGGACGUUGUAGGUAAUUUGCUCGUCACGAUUAUUCCAAAUAAUACAUCACCUGUCCUACGACCUGCAGAUCUUAUCGUCUGUCUAGAUGGUGUCCAGGAUGCGACACAGAUCCGGAGGAAAAACUGGGCUAAAUCUUCCGAUCGGAACGUUGUGCCGGUAGUACACCUCGUCAUUCCUAGGACUGUUGGUCAUAUUGAGCGCUAUCUGCGACCGGAUAUUGGCAGCGCUAUUGAUGACACAACGCCACAACCUACUGUCUGUGCUGAGUUGGUCGCCAGUUGGAUCAAAGACCAGACAGAGGGGGCAGAGCAGAGCUGGCCUAUACCGUCUAUCGGAAGCUUCAAGGAAAUCAUUCAAUUCCAAACGCAAUUUUCUCAGGCCUCCACAGACUCCCCAGCAGCACCAGAGCGCAUCAAGCGGCCACUAGAUAAUGAGGACCUCGAUCCCGCAAAGCGCAUGCGCUUCACGCCUCAGCCACAGCCAGUAUCUAGCUCGAUCGACAAGGAACCUGAGAUCACUCAUAUAAGUGACUCGAUGCCUGGCACAGCACUUGACGAGCCAGAUUUUCGCGUCCGACUGGCCCAACUGGAAGAAGCCUACAGAAAAGAGUACGAAAGCCGCAAAGCUGAAGAAAGGCGUUUCCGCGAACACGAGGAGUCAUGGGACAGACAACAAACCAUCCACGAGAAUCUCGCACGCGAAUACCGGAUCCUAGUCAACAAACUACAUGACACAGAGGCAAAGCUCGAGACGCAGACCAAGCAAAACGCCACCCUCACCGAGCGCCUCACCUCGCGAACGACAGAAGUGCGCGAGCUAAAGGGGCAGCUCGCAGAGCAGCGUGCAACGCAUCUCCUCUCGCCCGAAAACCAAAUCGCCGAAAUUACUAAUCUGCGUAAUCUACUAGCCGCUGCGGUCGAAGAAAAAGACCGUGCAGUAAAAGCCUCAUCCACCGCCAACAAGACGUUACAAUACACAUCAGAAGUCUACCGCGACGCCCAAACAGCAGCCUCGACGUCCACGGCCCGCAUCACCGACCUCGAGGCUGAAAACGCUGAACUAAGCAAGGCGGCGUCGGGCGAAGCAGUCAAGUUGAAGGAGUUGCACCUUGGUCGUAGCUAUGCCCUCCUCGAGGAGAAAGUCAAGAACUUGACCGCUGAGCUUGCGAUUGUGAAAAAGGCGCUGCAUACCAAGGAAGAAGAGGUACUCAGGCUGAGAACCGUGGGCCGACCUGGUAUUGGUACCAGAGGCACGAGUGCGACGCCUCAACCGAAGAUUCGGAGUAGAGCUGGUAGUCCCAGUUUGACGGGCGGUAGGGUUGCUAAUUUGAGGAAUGGGUGA